GCUUCAUUUCAAAUCAUUCCGUCCAACGGACCAAAGGGGAUAUUUUUGAGCUGUCAAAACCUAUCAACAAAAAAUAUCCCAAAUAGCUCCAGCUCGGAUGGAGGUGCGGCGAAACACGCACGAUUAAUGGAAAAGUUUACGAGUUUUCGUGCAUAAAUUAUUGUGUGCGAAUGUUUUACAUACUGGUGGAAGUGUGUGCAUUGUAGUUCAAUCCCUAUUUGCUGUAAUAAAUUUGAUUGAACCUCAUCGGAACAGAAGACAUGAGGUUUAUGUAACGUCGGUAGCGGCAAAACAACGAGCUCCCUGCACCAGUACGAUGACGUCUAUGACAUUUGGCCAGAAAAAGUUUAUCCCAACCGCACCGGAAAAGGGUAGCUUCCCGCUAGACCACGGCGGCCAGUGCCGGAAGCUGAUGCUGUUCUAUAUGCGCUGCCUGCGAGAGAACGCCGACGAUAAUUCUGCCUGCCGGGAGGAAUCGAAAGCCUACCUGCAGUGCCGCAUGGAUCACGAUCUGAUGGCACGGGAAGACUUCUCCAAGCUAGGCUACAGCAGUGAGAAAAGCAGUGAAAACAAACCGGAACAAUCUUAACGUCCCUUAACACCAAAAACCAGAAAUAGAGUUUAAGCCCCCCGGGUCUCGUGUA